AUGUUGAUUAGGGUUAGAUCGAAAGAUGGCAAUUUUCGGUUUGAAUUAGAUCCCAAUAGCGAUAUAUCUCAAUUGCUGGCGAAGAUACUAGAAACCUCGUCUGAUGCAGAUCCAUCAAGCGUGACCCUUUCAAAUCAACCCCGCGGCAAUGAAGCUAAAGCGUCCACCUUGAAAGGUAGAACACUGAAGAACCUCGGACUUAAUCAUGGUGACCUUGUUUUUGUGGGCUAUCAGUCGAAGAAGUCAUCAGAAAGUACUUCCACUACGCCGUCCUCUUCCACCGUACCUCCACCUGUCGUUGCAGCGAAACGACCUUGGGAGUUGGUGAAAGAAGAUCCAGUUGACGAGUACUGGCGCGCGCAAUUAGGCAAAAUUCCGCGAGGACGCGAUUCACGUUUCUGCAAGCACGGAUUGAACGGCAUGUGUGACUAUUGUAUGCCCCUUGAACCAUUCGAUGCUGCAUAUCACAAGGAGAAUUCAAUCAAACAUCUGUCGUACCACGCGUACUUGCGCAAGAUUACGCCAAAACCUACAGCAUCAGCUGCAUCCACCCUUCCUCCCCUAAACCCAGCAUCGUACAAGGUCAAAGUCCCAUGUCCAACUGCAACUCACCCACCAUGGCCGGCUGGUAUAUGCACAGCUUGUCAACCAUCGGCAAUUACUCUUCAAUCUCAGCCAUACCGCAUGGUGGAUCAUCUGGAGAUCGCCUCUAUGGACAUCAUCGAUCGUUUUCUUCAGGCGUGGCGAAAAACUGGUUUACAAAGAUUUGGGUGGCUCGUCGGACGGUAUGAACCCUACGACAAGGUACCUAUGGGCGUGAAAGCCGUUGUGGAAGCCAUCUAUGAGCCUCCACAACAAGGGGAGCUCGACGGCCUUACCCUAGGAUGGCCAUGGGAAGACGAGACAAGGAUUCGAGAGUUGUCCGCGUCUUCUUCUACGCCUUUGACUUUGGUUGGGUAUAUCUUCACUGAUUUGGACCCAACACCAGAAGACAGGACGAAGAACGUCUACAAGCGACAUCCGCAGUCCUUUUUCUUGUCAUCUUUGGAAGCUGUGUUUGCUGCUACGAUGCAAAAGGCUAAUCCCACGCAGUCACGCUCGUCCCCUACUGGGAGUUUUGCUUCUCGCCUCGUGACAGCUGUCUUAACGGGGACGGAGGACGGCCAGGUUGAUAUUUCUGCCUAUCAAGUAUCCGAGCAGGCCGUAGCGAUGGUUGAGGCAGACAUGAUUGAAGCCAGCGUCGAUCCUGGUAUCGUGCGAGUCAAGGAAGAAGACCGGACUCAAGAUUCCGCAAGAUAUGUUCCUGAUGUAUUCUUUUCGUUCAAGAACGAAUACGGACUGGAAGUGAAGAAGAGCGCAAAGCCUUGUUUCCCAGUCGAAUAUCUCCUUGUCAAUGUCACACACGGAUUUCCGCAAAACCCGUCGCCUCUCUUCCGUUCCGUCGAGUUUAAUAUUGAGAACCGGCCGGGGCUGGAAGAUCAAACGCUCGAAAGGGUUAUGGCGCAUCUUUCCAAGUUGGACGCACCCUCGAUUCGCCCGGGAGAAACGUACAAGAAGAUUGAGCUGGCGAGGUGGCUGAGCAAUUGGCAUCUCAUCGCCUUCCUCGAAACGACACAAUUGAUUUCACCUGAGGACGUGAAGCUCUUUAUGAAAAUCGUAUCAUCGCCUACACUUCUGGAUAAUAUCUCAGAAUUAGACCCUCUUCUAUCAACGGACAGCUGGCAAACGCUCAUGGCGUUUACUCGUGAAAGUGCCCCUUCUCGCCCUUCGGCCACCGUUGGAGGCACACACGACGACGACAUCCCUCAGGAAGUGUUGGAUCAAAUUGCAGCAGAUGAGGUGGGAGGAGCCGGAGCUACUCAUGAAAGGAUUAGAAUCUGUCCCCAUUGUACUUUUGAGAACGAUCACAGUCGCCCGGACUGUGAUGUUUGUGGGUUGCCUUUGUAA